CAUGGCAUUUGGCAGGGGUUUCUUGAGUAGCUCCAUGUUAAAGUAGAGCAGGCCAUGUGGGAUGUGGUUGGGAGUCACAUUCGGGUCAAGUUACACACAAAAAAUCAGGUUGUAAGGACUUCUCACACCCCUCCCCAACACUGCAGUGUUUAGCUCCAGAGGGUCCACGCGCUUCUUACAAGUUUUCUCCAAAACUCGGCCAAAGAUGGGACGAGACGUUGGGAGUUUACUUCACGUUGCGUUUAUCCAGCGAGAUUAGGAUUAUUUACACCUGAACUUUUUUCUAAGCCACUUAGGUGGAACAUUCCAAGGACCAUUUAAAACGUUGGGAAUUAUCUAAAUCAUCACCUGGUUUACUUAAUUUAUAUUUAAAUUCCUUAUUUAUUUAGUUUGACUCGUUUAAAAGAGUGAGCUAAUGAAUUUAAAGUGAGUAUGAAAAAGUUUGUCGUUACUCUGCUCAUCUGGGCGCUGACUCUCGGCGCGCGCUGCUCGUCCGUUGCGCCGGUGAAGAGACACUCCGGCGCGGAUGACAGCGCUUCAACACUAGCCUUUGUGUUCGAUGUGACCGGCUCCAUGUACGACGACCUCAAACAGGUGAUAGAAGGUGCAUCUCGGAUUCUGGAGAGAACACUGAGCCGCAGGACAAGACCAAUCAAAAACUUCGUCCUGGUUCCUUUCCAUGACCCAGACAUUGGUCCGGUUUCCAUCACAACUGACCCAAAGAAGUUUCAGAAAGAUCUUCAAGAGCUGUUUGUUCAGGGUGGAGGGGAUUGUCCAGAGAUGAGCAUUGGGGCAAUUAAGAAGGCUUUGGAGGUUUCUCUACCUGGAUCCUUCAUCUAUGUGUUCACAGAUGCACGAGCCAAAGACUAUCGGCUGAAGAGAGACGUUCUCCAGUUAGUACAGCUACGACAGUCUCAGGUUGUGUUUGUGUUGACGGGGGACUGCGGGGAUCGCUCUCAGCCGGGAUACAGGGCCUAUGAGGAGAUUGCUGCCACCAGCUCCGGUCAGAUUUUUCACCUGGACAAACAGCAAGUCAAUGAGGUUCUUAAGUGGGUGGAGGAAACAAUCCAGACCAUGAAGGUACAUCUUCUCUCAUCUGACCAUGAAACUGCCCAGGAGUCCCAGUGGGAGGUGCCCUUUGACCCCAGUUUAAAAGAAGUCACCGUGUCGCUGAGUGGUCCAGCACCACAAAUUGAACUCAGAGACCCUCUUGGCCGCACAGUUGGAGAGAGGCAGGGUCUAAGAGAACUGCUCAACAUCCCAAACUCAGCACGGGUGGUCAACCUGAAGAACCCUCGACCUGGACCAUGGACAUUAAAGGUGGGCUGCAGUGGGAGACACACACUUAGAGUAACUGGUGUGAGCAACCUAGACUUCAGGGCUGGUUUCUCUAGUAUACCUGUAUCUGAGUUCACCAGGACCAGAGAGAGACCUAUUAAAGGUGUUCCUGCACAUGUGAUGCUGAAGUGUUCAGGUCUGAAGCCUCCUGGUCUGGUUACCAAUAUGGAGUUAGUGUCUCUCGGCGGCCGCUCGCUGCGCACCAUCCCUGUGCCUCUGCCUGGCGAUGGAGGCUCUGGAGGAAUCUGGAGCAUCCCAGAGUUUCGAACACCUUCUCAGAGCUUUUUCCUCAGAGUGUCUGGAAAUGAUGGCGACGGAUACAACUUUCAGAGACUGUCAAGUGUGUCAUAUACUAACAUCAUCCCAGAGCCUCCAGUGGUGGUGAUGCCCACAGUGGUGAGGGGCUUCUACAUGCAGCCUGCUGUAAUUGACUGCUCUGUGGAGAGUGACCUGCCCUAUAAACUGAGAUUCAUCAGAGGUGGAGACACAUUGGGAGAGGAAAGAACCUAUGAGGCUUCAGGUAAAGCAUCAUGGGAAAUUCCUUAUGCUUCAGGCGAUGAUGAGGGAGCUUAUGAAUGUGUGGCCAGGAGCACUGCCGGCAUGGGACGAGCUCUCACGCAACUUACUGUCAGAGAGCCUCCUCCUGUCCUGCGUCCUCCUGUGAAUGUGACCUCAUCCCCAGGUACAGUGGCAGUGCUGUCCUGCCAGAUUCAAGGCUCUGUGCGCCACAAUCUGACCUGGUACCGGACAGGCAGCGCUUUACCAUCCCGCUCAGGAAGGGUCAGAGUACUAGCCAAUUCCUCUCUGGAGAUCAGCUGGGUUCGCAGCCAGGAUGCCGGGCCGUACCAGUGCAGAGCCUCAAACGCCCAUGGAGAGAGUCAGGCUGUCGUCUGGCUGGUGGUCCUAGAGGCCCCAUCUGUGGUUGUCUCCCCGCAGACACAGAGCUUCUCUCUGGGUGCAGAGGUACACAUCUCCUGCUCGGCAUCUGGAUCUCCUCCUCCAAAGGUUUUCUGGAGCCAUGGCAACAUCUUUUUGUCCAACCACCAUCGGAUGAGCAUAUCUGAGUCUGGCAUGCUGACAAUAAGAGGAGCUGCACCUGAGGAUUCUGGGAACUAUACGUGUCUGGCCACCAAUGAGGUUGGCACUGCCUCUCAGUCUGUUAACGUCAAUUAUGCAGAACCUCCAAGCAUCUCGGUGGUCCAGCAGAUGGUAAUGGUUGUUGCUGGCGAAGAUGCCAGUCUAGAAUGUCAAGCCUCUGGCACUCCUUCUCCAAUCGUUAAAUGGCAAAAAGGGGAUCUGGAUCUGGGAACAGCUCCAUUCGCCGAGCAGGAUGUCCAUCGCGGGACACUACAGAUCCGUGGGGUUCAGGAACUGGAUUCUGGCGAUUAUACCUGUGUGGCCUCAAACAUUGCCGGCUCCUCGUCUGCUGUGGUCGUACUACAGGUGGGAGCUGCUCCUACGUUUUCUGAGUCUCCCGUGGACAUAACAGCUAGUGUGGGUGAUAACAUCACUCUGCCAUGCAUCGCUCGUGGUUUUCCCACACCAUCUCUGAUAUGGAGACGCCAGGAUGGACGUCCCAUUUUUGGCAAGUCGUCUGGCCAUGUUGGCACCUCUCAACUGCCUUCUGGUGCCCUUCAGAUCCAGAGUGUUUGGGUUGAUGAUGAAGGUGUUUAUCUUUGCGAGGCCAAAAACCAGUUCGGAUCUAUCAAGGCAUUAGCGAGAGUCACUGUUACUGGCUUAGAACCACCGUUGCUAGUUCAAGGCGCUCCAUCCAUUACUACGAUGAUUGCUCAGCCUUUAAACCUUCCCUGUAGGUUAUUAGAUGGGAUUCCUCUCCCUGAAAGGAUCUGGACACACAAUGGGAAACAAGUGCGUGUUGGCGGAAGAGUGUUUCUAAGGAGUGAUGGCAGUCUGCAUGUAGACAGAGCUGUGCCUGAGGAUGCUGGGACUUAUGUGUGCACUGCUGUUAAUGUUGCAGGAUCUGCCAAUAUUACUGUCACUGUUGAAGUUCAUGCCCCUCCUGAUAUCAAGGCUGGUCCCCUGCACUACACAGCUAGCGAGGGCACACCGAUCUCCCUGUCCUGUGAAGCAAGAGGUGUCCCCAAACCCACCAUCAGCUGGUCCAAGGGUCGAGAUCCCUUAAACAGGCCUGUGUCAGCACCUUUUGAGGCAGCCGAUGGGAGUUUGUACAUCUCCAGUCCUACAGAGGAGGAUGCAGGGGUUUAUAUUUGCACUGCCACAAGUGCCGUAGGCUACACCAGUCGAGAGAUGCAUCUGAUUGUUAAUAGCAAACCAAGGAUUGUUGGUGCUGAUGGGUCACAGGUGACGGUUAAAAUGGCAGCUGAGGUCGGAUCUGAGGUCAUCCUUCCAUGUGAAGUUCAGGGAAGUCCUACACCUUUGGUGACUUGGAGCAGAAAUGGCCAGACCAUACCUCCUGUCACAGCAUGGUUCACCAUGCUGCCGUCUGGUUCUCUGAAGAUUAGUGAUGUGAGGGUGGUGGACAGUAAACUCUACACCUGUUCUGCUGUAAAUCCAGCUGGAAACGUCUCACUCACCUAUAAUUUACAAGUACAAGCUAAACCAAGGAUUCAUCCAGCUCCUUCAACUCUGAAGGCUCUUAUCGGCCAGACGGUGGUGUUGCCGUGUGUGGUUCAAGGAGAGCCGAGUCCACAGGUCAGCUGGCUUCAUAAUGGGCUUCCAGUGGCUAGUGAUCGAAUGCUGAAGAUCCAGGCAGUCCAGCACUCGGACAGCGGCACGUACAGAUGUGUAGCCAGGAAUAGCGCUGGAGAAGACACCAUUCAGAUUGUGUUGGAUGUAUUAGAGGGCCCCUAUUUUGAGACAAAUGGAGAGACUGUCAUUGAGAGUGUGGCUAAUAGCAAAGUCCUCAUUCCUUGUCCUGCUCGAGGGUCUCCUGCUCCUCAGGUGCGAUGGUUCAAAAAUGGCCUGGAGGUCCAUAUGGAGCGAUCGGAGCAUGGCGUGUCUCUGGCUGAAGAUGGAGCCCUGGUGAUUGGCUCAGCUUCAGCCAGUCACAGUGGAGACUUCAAGUGCGUGGCCACUAAUGAAGCAGGGUCAGUGGAGAGGAAGACCAGGCUAAAGGUCAAUGUUCCUCCAGAGAUCCAGGAUGAUGGGCAGCUUCUGAAUUUGACAGUGACACUGAAGCAGCCCCUCACACUGGGGUGUGACGCUUUUGGCAUCCCAACACCAACUAUCAGCUGGACUAAAGACAACAGACCCGUACUGGAGACCCCAGGGGUGUAUCUGCAGAAUGGAAAAAGGCUUUUAAAGAUUUAUCGUGUUCAGCAUGAUCACGCUGGCCGCUUCUCCUGCACUGCCCAGAACUCUGCUGGGGAAGCCAAGAGGGAGUACACUAUUGAAGUACAAGCUCCACCAGUAAUAUCGGGAACUUCAGGAGUGCAGGAAGUGACCAUCAUGGCGGGACAGGAAGUGGAUAUGCAGUGUAGAGUCAGUGGUCGUCCUCUGCCUUCAGUGGAAUGGACUCAUGAUGGAGAGGUUUUAUCCCCUAAUGGAGACCCUCAUGUGGAGUUUCUGGAGAAGGGGCAGGUGUUGAGGGUUAAGUCUGUCAGGCCUAGGGAUCGUGGCCUGUAUCAGUGUGUGGCGACAAACAACGCUGGGACUCAGACAAGACAGUUCAGGCUGACCAUACAAGCUGCUCCAUUGAUCCGUGACUCUGGUGAGGAUUCAGAAGUAACUGUAGUUCUGGGCUUCCCGGCUGUUCUUCACUGUGAAGUUGAAGGGAUUCCACUUCCCACUAUCACCUGGCUGAAGGACAACCAGCCCAUAGUGUCCAGCCCUCAGCUCACAUACACACAGGGUGGACAGUCUUUGCGUGUGGCUGCGGCUCGUGGUGAAGAUGCAGGCGCAUACACCUGCCGAGCAACCAAUCCGGCUGGAACAGCACAUAGACAUUACACACUAAGAAUUAUGGUUCCUCCACAGAUAGAGGGGGAUUCUACCAUUCUCAGUUUUGGCAGGAGAGAAGAGAAAGUGAGAAUUAAUGGGACGUUAACACUGUCGUGCCUGGCCAAAGGCUUUCCAGAGCCUGUCACACAGUGGUUUAAAGAUGGGCAGCUGUUGAAUGGAAAUACACACAGCGGCUUGAGCGUGAACAGUCACAUGCUCCAUGUUGAUAAUGCCAUGUUGUCCCAUGAGGGCCAGUACACAUGUGUGGUCUCUAACUCUGCUGGAGAGGACAAGAGAGACUUCCACCUCACUAUACAGGUUCCACCAGUAUUUCACAGAGUAAUAAAUGGUGCUGCUGAUUUUACACUGGGAGAGAGAGAGGGCGAUGAAGAAGAUCCAGACUCACCUGACGGGAUGGUUGAGAGGCGAGAGGUGUUGCUAGGCCACUCCAUCAGUCUUUCCUGUGAGAGCAAUGCCAUUCCUCCUCCUCGACUCAGUUGGUACAGACAAGGCAGACAACUUACCAGCUCAGACGGAGUUGUGCUUGCGCCUGGAGGGCACAUCUUGCAGAUCCCACGAGUACAGCUUGAGGAUGCUGGGAAGUACACCUGCCAGGCUGUGAAUGAAGCUGGAGAAGACAAAAUGCAUUAUGACCUGGAGGUGUUGGUUCCUCCAGUGAUUUCUGGCCAGACUGAUGAGUUCAUGCAGGAUGUAGAUACUGUGGUGAACUCCACUGUUUCACUGCGCUGUGAUGUCUCGGGACACCCCUCUCCAUCUGUGUCCUGGAUAAAGGAUGGUCUGCCUCUCUACAGCGACUCUCGCCAUAACAUACUGGAGGAUGGAAAACUGCUGGAGAUUGUGAAUGUGCAGGUGUCAGAUGGAGCCAGUUAUCAGUGUGUGGCAGAGAAUAAAGCUGGAGCUGUCGAGAGACUUUACAGCUUGUCUAUUCAAGUUCCACCGAGGAUUGUGGGCCGCCGAGAAGAAGAAAUGAGUGUGGUGGAGGGCCAUAUGAUCUCUCUGCUGUGUGAUGUCCAGGCGUACCCACCCGCUGACAUCAUCUGGACCAAAGACGGGCAGAUGCUGGAGUUCACCACUGGCAUCCACAUACUGCCAGGAGGUCAGAUGCUGCAGAUUCCUCGGGCAGGACAGCAAGAUGCUGGACAAUAUGUCUGUACAGCUACAAAUUCAGCUGGACAAGACCAAAAGAGCAUUCUACUUACUAUCUAUGCUUUGCCUGCACUGGUGCCUCGUCUUGAAUCAGAGUCUGAAGUCAGGACGCCUCUGGUCGGGUCGACGCUCAUUCUGCGCUGUGAAGCCAAUGGCAUCCCUAAACCAGAGGUCACAUGGUAUCGUAAUGGACUUCAACUGGCAGCUGGGAAUGGAUUAAGGAUAGAGCGGCAGCAGCUGGAGAUAGUAGGAGUGCAAGUGGCUGAUGGUGGUGUUUACACCUGUAAGGUUUCCAACAUUGCAGGUCAAGUAGAUCGCACCUUCAGAGUAACAGUCCAUGUGCCUCCUGUGAUGGAGGGUCCUCUUCAUGAGACUCUCACUCAGAACCUGGGCUCCCACAUCACUCUUAUCUGUGAGGCCUCUGGCAUACCUGUACCCAAUAUUGCCUGGUUGAAAGACGGCAGUCCUAUUGAAAGCAGUCUGCAGUGGAACUGGUCAACGAGAGCUAACAGACUGGAGUUGGGCCCUCUGCAGCUCUCUCAUGCGGGCACUUACACCUGCAUAGCCAAAAACACUGAAGGACAGACUCAGAAAGACUACUCACUUACUAUAUAUGCACCACCCAGCAUUAUAGAUUCUGGCCACCCAUCAGAAGUCAGUGCACCUGUCGGGGAGGAGCUGGCUCUUGAAUGUCGGGCGAUGGGUUCACCUGCUCCUAAAGUGAGCUGGCUGAGGAACGGAAAGACUCUGGUGAAUGGAAACACAGAGCACAUAAAUAUCUCUCCAGAUGGGAGCACUCUAACAUUUCUGAGUGUAAAACCAGAGGACUCAGGAACAUACACCUGUCUGGCUGUCAGCUCCGCUGGCCAGGAAACCAAGAUCUAUACCCUGUUUGCAUUGGUUCCUCCCUCCAUAAGUGGGGAGACCAGUGUCCCCCGUGAGGUUCACACCACCCAGCACAGUGUGGUCACACUGGAGUGCAAAGCCAAGGGGACUCCACAACCUCAAAUCAGCUGGCUGAGAGACGGUCAUCCUUUGCUCCUGUCUCCACGCAUCCGUCUGCUCUCUGCAGAUUCAACUCUGAGAAUUUCACCGGUGCAUCUGUCUGAUUCUGGCAUCUACACUUGUGUUGCACGCAGUCGAGCUGGAUUAGCUGAACUCAACUUUGACCUCCAAGUGCAAGCUCCCCCUGCUGUGGAGCGAACAGAGCCGACUGAGCAGGUGGCGGUGGUCCAGGGCUCUUCAGUGACUCUGACCUGUGAAGCUCGUGGUGUCCCUCCUCCAACGCUCUCCUGGCUGAAAGAUGGUCAGCCACUCUCACUGCACCGCAAUCUGCUGCUCGACGGACAGGAAACCCGCUUCCUGCUGUCUGAUGUGGGACCCAGCGAUGCAGGUCUCUACAGCUGUGUGGCCAGCAACCAGGCCGGAAGCAGCACCAAGACCUUCAACCUGACUGUUUUAGAGCCCCCCAAGAUCACUGGUUCUUUGUCCCCUGAGGAGCAGCUGAUUGCAGUUGACAGUUUGCUGGAGCUGGAGUGUAUCGCCACUGGUCUUCCUCCUCCAACACUCAGCUGGCUGAAAGAUGGACGUCCAAUACAGGACAACAUGGCAAUAAUAGAAAGGGAUGGGCAGCUGCUCAGGAUUAACAAAGUUCAGGUGGAGGACGCAGGUCUGUAUACUUGUCUUGCUAGUAGCCCAGCUGGAGAGGAUGGCAGAAAUCACUGGGUGCGCGUUCAACUUCCACCCACUCUCCUUGGCUCCAAUGACAUCAGAACUGUCUCAGUUCCAGCCAAAGGUCACUUGACUCUUGAGUGUCAAACCGACAGUGACCCUCCACCAGAGAUUGAGUGGUACAAGGAUAACGUCAAAGUACAGUUGGGAGGUCGAAUUCAGUCCAUUGCCAGUGGACAGUUUUUGGAAAUUCAAGAUGUCCGGAUGCAUGACAGUGGACAGUACAGCUGUGUGGUUACCAACAUUGCUGGCAGCACUAGUCUGUUCUUUACUGUAGAGAUUCUCUUGCCACCGGUCAUCAGAGAGGGCAGCUCAUUGAUCAUAGCACAUGUCGGUCAGGAUGCAGUGCUGCCAUGUGAGGUGGAAGGAGCACCGUCCUCUUCUGUCAUGUGGAGGAAAGAUGGAGGCCCAGUUCCUCUUCACAAUAACAGAUUCACCUUGCUGUCAGAGGGAUCUUUGCGUAUUUCUACAGUGCAGCUGUCUGAUGUUGGUCGUUAUUACUGCAGUGUGUCUAAUCAGGCUGGAUCAGACCAUCGUGGCAUGGACCUUAAAGUCUACGUCGGGCCCUCGAUUAGCCCUGGUCCCUUUAAUGUGACAGUGGUCACAGGUCAAAGGGCAGUGUUAAGUUGUGAGAGCACUGGUAUUCCUGCUCCUCAGGUCAGCUGGAGGAGGAAUGGCUCACCUAUCAGUGUGGAUCAGUCAAGCGCUUAUAGGUUAAUGUCUUCUGGUUCUCUGGUCAUUACAUCACCGACUGCUGAGGAUGAGGGUUAUUUCGAGUGCACAGUGACCAAUGAGGUUGGAGAAGAGCGAAGAGUCAUAGAGGUCAUUCUGCAAGUUCCCCCUGUGAUUAAAGAUGAUGUCAGCAGUGUUACGGCAGUUAAAAUGUCUCCCGUGGUGUUGCCAUGUCAUGCUACGGGACGUCCUGAGCCUGUCAUUAGCUGGAACAAGAACUGGAUGCAGCUGGGUGCUCGAGGUGGUAGUUAUCGUGUACUGCCCACAGGAGCGCUGGAGAUCUUGGCUGCAACUCCUAGUCAUGCUGGCAAAUAUACCUGUUCUGCUCGUAAUCCUGUUGGUGUGGCUUAUAAACAUGUUACUCUUACUGUACAGGAACCGCCAGAGAUCAGGCCUAUGGCAGAAGAGGUUCAGGUGGUGUUACAUCAUUCAGUGGUUUUGCCCUGUGAAGUGCAGGGAUUCCCCAGACCCACCAUCACAUGGCAGCGAGAAGGAGUUCCUGUGGCCACAGGUCACAGACUGGCGGUUCUCUCCAAUGGAGCUCUGAAGUUUUCACGUGUUACUCUUGGAGAUGCAGGAACAUAUCAGUGUUUAGCACAGAAUGAAGCAGGAACAGCUUUGGCACAAACCCAGCUUAUAUUACAAGUCCCUCCAGUGUUGUCUGUUCCUCGUCUGGAGUACGUAGUGGUUCUCGGUCAGCCAGUCAGUCUGGAUUGUGUGGCAGACGGUCAGCCGAAACCAGAGGUGACGUGGCACAGAGAUCGGCGACCAGUGGUUGACAGUUCACACCUGAGACUGUUCUCCAAUGGCAGCCUUCACAUCACUGCUACUCAACGUGGUGAUGCAGGAAUAUACACCUGCUCAGCUCGAAACAGCGUCGGCAGAGCAAGCCAUGAUGUCAGACUCAUUUUGCAUACCCCACCGCAGAUUUUUGUUGGUCAGUCAGAGAUAUCUGUCAUGCAGGGCUUGCGAGUGAUGCUGCCGUGUGCAGCACAGGGUGUUCCUGAGCCCAGGAUGAGCUGGGAGAAAAAGGGGGUCUCGGUGUCAAACAUGCCCGGCAAAUUUACUCUCAGAGAGUCAGGAGGCCUGAUUAUCGAAAGGGCAGAGGCUGGUGAUGCAGGUCUGUUUACAUGUGUAGCAACUAACACCGCAGGAUCGGCUCGAUGGGACAUUCGCCUGACUGUCAACAUGAGACCAGCAUUUAAAGAGUUACCUGGUGAUGUGACGUUGAAUAAAGGUCAGAGUCUCAGCUUGUCCUGCCAUGCUGAGGGUACUCCAACACCCACCAUAACCUGGACUGCCAACAACAGGCCCUAUACUGGUGCAAGUGUUGAUGAAACAGGCAGAAGUUCAGUGAUCUUUGACAAUGUCACCGUCAGCGAUGGGGGAACCUAUGCCUGCAUUGCAGAGAACACUGUUGGACUCAUACGGGCUCUCUCAUUUGUGCGUGUUAGAGAGCCUCCUGUGCUGAGAGGGGAAGCCCACACUUCACAGACUGUAAUUCAAGGAAAAUCAGCCAUGCUGGACUGUGCAGUCAGCGGCGAUCCUGUCCCUUCCCUUCGCUGGCACAAAGACGGACAGCCCUUACUCGGAUCUUUGCGGUUUCAUCCCCUCCGUAAUGGCUCUCUGGCUCUUUACAGUGCCAUAAUUGGAGAUUCAGGAGAGUAUAGAUGUGUUGCUGAAAGUGAGGCAGGUGCUGCAGAAAGAACAAUAUCACUGAAAGUACAAGUCCCUGGUGGUUACUCAAACUGGGAGGAGUGGGGCCCGUGCAGCGUCACCUGUGGUCAAGGCAUCCAGGAACGAAUCAGAUUUUGCAACAAUCCACCACCAGCCUACGGCGGCCCAUUGUGUGAGGGUCCAAAUGUAGAUUCCAGGAAAUGUCAGGCCUCACUCUGUCCAGGAGAGUCUCCACGGCGUGCACGGGGCAGUCUGAUAGGCAUGGUCAAUGAGAAGGAGUUUGGGGUGGCAUAUCUAGAAGCCAAUAUCACAGAAAAUGAUUUGGAGGGCACCAGCACCCUGGAGGCCCAUGUUGAAAACAUUCCUCCAAGUGUUGGUCCUUUGUUGCGAGUGCUUGUGUCUGUAUUUGCCCCGGUAUACUGGACAACAGUGUAUCAAACACAGGAAACCCAGAAUGGCUUCUCCAUCACUGAAGGGCAGUUCAGACAGGAAUCUCAGCUAGAGUUUGAAACAGGAGAGAUUUUAAAGCUGACACACGUGGCAAGAGGUCUGGAUGGAGAGGGAGUUCUGUUGGUAGAUAUUGUUAUCAAUGGAUUUGUUCCUCCUAUGCUUUUGUCCUCUAAUCUCAAUCUACAGGAGUUUGACGAGUCGUAUGUGCAGACAGGCUCUGGGCAGCUUUAUUCCUGGUCCACACAGAAUCACAUUCGGGACGGGGCUCCUCUUACCCUGCGCUGCAAUCAUACUAUGGUUUUUGAGGGUCCAGAGAGCCGCCAGGGGCCCCUGCUUCAGCUUCUCAGACUGACAGGAAUAAGUGGCACCUACAGCCUUUACACUCUCAGCCUAGACUUCAAGAUGACAGCUUCCUUACUCAUACCAGAGGGUGAUGGGGAGACCUGUCCAAAAGGUUUCAUCUUGGAUACAGCAUCUUACUGUGCCGAUGAAGAUGAAUGUGCUGUAGACUCUCCCUGCUCACACUCAUGUAAUAAUAAUAUGGGUGGUUUCUCCUGUGCGUGUCCGUCUGGGUUCACCAUCUCUACAGAGUCAAACAGCUGCCAAGAUAUUGACGAGUGCUCCCAAGGCUCCCACUUGUGUCACCCCAACCAGCAGUGUGUGAACACCGUUGGGACAUAUCGCUGUCAAGCCAAGUGUGGACUGGGCUUUAAACCCAGUUUAGUUGGCACCAGCUGUGAAGAUGUGGAUGAGUGUCAAGAAUCAGCAGUGUCCCCAUGCCAGCAGCAGUGUUUCAAUACUCUGGGCUCAUUCCGCUGCACCUGCCAUCCAGGAUAUCAGCUAGUGGGGCAUCGCUGUCUAGAUAUAAAUGAGUGUUUGAGGAAUGUGUGUCCAGCACACCAGCAGUGCCGAAACACAGAUGGAGGAUAUCAGUGUUUUGACAGCUGUCCGGCUGGCAUGACUGCAGCAGAAAAUGGAGUGUGUGUGGACAUAGAUGAAUGCCAAGACGGUAGUCACAUGUGUCGGUACAGUCAGAUAUGCCAAAACACGAUUGGUGGGUAUGGAUGUGUUUGUCCUCGAGGAUACCGCUCCCAAGGCGUGGGUCGACCUUGCUUAGAUAUUGAUGAAUGUGCACAGGUGCCAAGUCCUUGUGCUUUUCAGUGCCGCAACGUACCAGGCAGUUUCCGCUGCGUAUGCCCACCAGGGACAGUCCUUCUGGGGGAUGGUCGCUCUUGCGCUGGGCUUGAGAGAGGCCACAUCUUCACCAACAGUACCCGGGUGCAAGCCAGACUGCGGCCACAGCUGGUAUCUGCUUUGGAGAGACCUUACCUCACUCGCCUCUCAGUCCUACCAGAGCACCUUGGUUCCUCACGUCGCCCCCGGCAUGAAUGCCCCGUAGGAUAUACUAGCAAGGAUGGAACUUGUAUAGAUAUCGAUGAAUGCGCAUUUAGAAAGCCUUGUCAACAUGAGUGCAGAAACACUAUAGGAAGCUACCAGUGCACCUGCCCACCAGGAUACCAAUUAUUAUCCAAUGGACGGACAUGCAAAGAUAUCGAUGAGUGCACAGUACAGGGUGUCCAGUGUGGACCAAACCAAAUGUGUUUUAACACUCGAGGGGGUUACCAGUGUCUGGACACACCCUGCCCCAACAGCUACCAAAGAGGACGUAAUCCAGGCACCUGCUUCAGACCUUGCUCUUCCAGGCUGGACUGUGGCUCUGUGGGCUCUUUUCCUCUGCUCCAGUACAAGCUCCUUACUCUUCCUCUGGGCAUCCCAGCCCACCACAAUGUGGCCCGUUUAUCUGCUUUCUCCGAAUCAGGAGUCCUCCAAGACCACACGUCCUUCACCAUCCUGGAGCAAGGAGGAGAUGACGGAGAGAGGCCAUUUGGCAUCAAGGAUGAAGCAGGAAGAGGCAUCAUUUUCACAGUGAAGCCUUUAGACUGGCCAGGCCUGGUGCGACUUCGGGUACAAGCCACAACUCUGUCAGAGCAGGGCCGCGUUACCUACCAGAGUAUCUUUAUUAUCUACAUCUCCAUAUCCAAAUACCCCUACUAAUGAACGGCUGCUUCAUAGAACAUUAGAGAGGCAUUAGUAAAUGAACUCAAUUGCCAGCUAUUUAUGUGCCCUCUUGUGGAGUGGAACUAUCUAAUUUUGCAAAAUUAUGCUGAUGUUUGAAAGCACCAAAAAUGACACACACAUAACCCAGCAGGACCUCGGCCUCAUUUGAAAUCUCUGCUAUCAUUACUAGAUGAGUAAUGUAUGUUAGGACUACAUAGUGUGUAAGUAUUUUGGGAUUUGGUUCGACACUAUGGUCAAAACCUUUUUUCCUUCUUUUUUGUUUUGGCUUAGUGAACUUUUCCUUUAAUAUUACUAUUAUUUGAAAAUAUUGUAGUAGCUUUGAGAUAUUGCUUGGGCUCUUCUGUUUUCACUGUGGUGCUAUUAUUUCUGCAUUUUAUUGCCAAUAAUAAGGAUCAGGAUUCAUCCAGAAUUAAAUCUACUGGAAAAAAUAAAGGCAGAAGAGGAGGGAAAAAAUGAACUCAAUGAGAUAUUGACAGACUGAUCAGUUUUCACAUUAUAUGACAGCCAAACUGGUUACUAGUCAUUUUAUAAAAGAAAUAUGUACUUAUUUUUCAGUGUUUGUCAUAUGCUGUAUUGCUAUAUUCGUGUACAAUACUUAGUUUACUUUCAUAUGUGAAUGAUGGGUUAUGUGUGCGUAUGAACCACUGCAAGCGUGUUUGUGAUGUGUGUGUGAACACUGAUAUGGUUGUGCUGUCUCUCCUCAUGACUGAAAUGAAAUGUGGAUUAUUCUAAACUUAUUUAAAACUCUGACAUUAUCUCUGACCUUACUUAAACAUUUAUUUUUUUUAAUGGUUCACAAAAUACAUCAGUACUG